AUAAUUGAUUCUCUCUUUUUCACCAGUGAACCAUCAAUGGGGAUUGUUUUGGAACCUCCUUGUCCGAGAAGGGUCGAUGGGAUUAGCAUUGACCCUGAGCCUAACUGGAACUUUGAUAGCUUACUCUCUGAAAUCGAGUCUGUUGAGAAGAAGCUUAAUGUAUUUCCAAAGUUUCCUCAGCCUUUCACUCAGACAACCUUACGGAUGGGAAGGAGAGGUGGAGGUUUUGUAAUGCAUGUAUCAGAAGAUGAGAUAGAAAGUGAUGUAGAUGAAGAGAGUGAUGAAGAAGAAGAAGAAAAAGAUCAUAGCCAAAUCUGUACGAAAGGGAAACAUUUUGCUUGUGAUGAGCUAUACUUGAGUAAGAUGGGUUUGGCUGAGAGUGCACCAUAUGAGGUGAUCAACGACGACCGAACCGAAGUUAAGGAAGAUAUUAAGAGUCAAGUAUCAGUUGCUGAAACGGAAAUGUUGCAAGAGAUUGAAACAUUUCGCUCUGCAAUAGCCCGGACUGAAAAGUAUAAAGAAACUAGAAAAGAAGUGGAGCAUAAACUUGACCUUCAGUACCAGCGAAAAGUGUAAGCUAUGGUUCAUAUGCUGCGAUUGUUUUUUUCCUUAGUGUUUUGGAAAGUAAUUUGUUGGUUCAUCAAAAUAAAAUAUGUCAUUGUUUUCUUUGUUUGUAAAGACAAACUGGAUUUUACAUUUUUUCUAUCAUGAAUAAAAAGUAUUAUUAUUUUA